AAGUAAACAAAUUCAAAGUGCUUUAGAGCAAAUUCGAUGUUCAAUCGAUUGCAUAUUUCAAGUCAGCUGCUGAGCUAUUCGAUAGUGCAGCCCUUGUUCGCGUGCCAUCGCUGAAUCCACCAAAAGAAAGAAGAAGAAGCAAAAGCUGACGUACUCGGGGAAAAGAUUAGAAAAUAACAAAAAGAAAACGAAAUUAUUUAACAUUAACAUUGGGCACAACGUAAUAGUAACGUAAUAAUGUAACAUUGUGUAUCUAUCUGCAACGCGCGUUAGUCUUUAAUUUCGUCUUAAGCCUCGAUUGAAAUCCCGAAAGUAUGUUGGAAAAUUGUUGCUCGUCGUCGUCGUCGUGUGCAAAGGAAACACAAAACUUAUAGAUUUCGAAGCGUACGUGCAAAAAAAGGAAGACAAGUGGGAGGAAGGCUAAAGUGAUUUGUUGAUAAAUUCACAUGUGUAUGCAGAUAUAAAUCUCAAGUGCAAACAUCUCAGACACGUUAACAGCUGCUGGCCCAAAAUAAAAGGAAUACGCGAUAAAUACAAAAAACGGCUGCAUAAGUAGCCUGCCCAGCGCCUCUUCUUCUGCCUUCAACAAUAGUCAACACACAGCAAACAUAGCGAAAGAACAGCAACAGCUGUGUGUGUGUUGUGCGUGCGUGUGUGUGUGCUGUUAGCUGCGCAAGUGUGUGUGUGUGUGUUGUGUAGUUGUUGUUUUGGGUGUUUGUCGGACGUAACAAAAUAUUGAGCCGUCGAGCAAAACACAUGAUGUGGUCGUUCUUCUCGCGCGACUCCUCCAAAGAUUUCCCAUAUGACAUUGGCGAACCCGUCGCUGGCUUUGACAACUAUUCCAUAUGGACACUGCACAAGGCCAAACGCAAGGCAACCCAAGAGGAGGUCUCUGUCUUUGUCUACGACAUUCGCAGCGGUUCCGAUACAAAAUGUGAGCUGGCCAAGGCGGCAUUGAAACGCCUAAAGACGUUGCGUCACCCAAGCAUAUUGCAAUAUUUGGAUUCGCUGGAAACCGAUAAGAUGUUAUAUGUGGCCACAGAGGCUGUGGAACCGCUGGGUACAUUCUUCACCAAACUGGCCACAGACAAUGUACAAAAGGGUCUCUAUUUGGCCUGGGGCAUCUUCCAAAUCACACGUGCUCUUUCCUUUCUCAAUAACGAUGGCAAUUUGCGGCACAACAACGUCUCCGCCUGGUCAGUGUUUGUGAAUGCCUCCGGCGAAUGGAAACUGGGCAGUUUGGAGUAUGUUGCAGCUGCUGAUGGCAAUCCUAUGCCGCCUGUCAAAAUACCCGUGACUCUGGAAGUUUACGAUGCUCCAGAGAAGAACGAUCAGAGCAAGCUAAAGGCAGCCACUAAAUGCUCUGUGGAUAUGUGGGGCUUGGGCUGCCUGGUUUGGGAGGCCUUCAAUGGCGUGCUGCGACAACGUUCCAAUCUUAAGGAUAUUGAACACAUACCCAAGUCACUGCAGUCGCUUUAUUGCGAACUUGUUGGCGCCUCGCCUUCAAAUCGACCAAAUCCAGCAGAUAUUAUUACACGAUGUCGCAAGCCAGGUGGUUUCUUCAAGAACGAUUUGGUGGACACGUUGCUAUUCCUCGAGGAGAUCCAAAUCAAAGACAAGGCGGAGAAGAAUCGUUUCUUUAGCGGUCUGACCACACACUUGGAGAACUUUCCUGAUAAUGUUUGCAAACACAAAAUACUUCCACAACUGAUAACCGCCUACGAAUAUGGCGACGCUGGUUCUGCGGUUUUGGCACCCAUGUUUAAGCUUGGCAAACUGCUGGACGAAGUGGAGUAUCAGAAACGCAUUGUGCCCUGCGUUGUCAAGUUGUUUGCUUCAACGGAUCGUGUGACGCGUUCACGGCUGCUGCAGCAACUGGAGCUGUUCAUUGCGCAUCUGCAGCCACCAGUGGUCAAUGAACAGAUCUUUCCUCAAGUGGCACAUGGCUUCCUCGACACAAAUGCCACCAUACGCGAGCAGACGGUGAAGUCCAUCAUACACUUGGCACCCAAACUCAACUACAACAAUUUGAAUGUAGAAGUUUUGCGGCAUUUUGCGCGUCUGCAAGCGCGCGAUGAUCAGGGCGGCAUACGCACCAAUACAACAGUGUGUCUGGGCAAGAUUGCACCGCAUCUGCAUCCACAGGUGCGUCAACGUGUGCUCGUUUCGGCAUUUAUACGUGCCAUGCGUGAUCCGUUUCCGCCAGCGCGAGUCGCUGGCGUUUUGGCGCUGGCAGCCACACAGCAAUAUUUUCUACUCAAUGAGGUGGCCAAUCGUGUCUUACCAUCAUUGUGUUCGCUAACGGUCGAUCCAGAGAAAACGGUGCGCGAACCAGCCUUCAAAACAAUACGCGGUUUUCUGGGCAAGCUCGAGAAGGUGUCCGAGGAUCCAAGUUUGCGCGAGACAAUGGAAGCGGACGUUCAUACCGCAACGCCUUCAAUUGGAAAUGCGGCUGCCACCUGGGCGGGCUGGGCUGUGACCGCUGUAACUGCCAAGUUCUAUCGCAGCCAAAGCGAUUCAUCUCGACCAAGGCCGCCAUUAACAGGCCGCAAUCUCUCCAAGCCAGCAUCACUUGAGCAACCAUCGAGCAGCAGCUUAUCGACCACAACAAGUAGCGUAACCUCGAUGACAUCGUUGGAGCACGAAAGCAAUGAUACGUCUGCCUCGGCCUCUGAUUAUGGCAACAACGAUUGGGAUAAUGAGAACUGGGGAGAAAUGGAUACUUCGCAGGAUCCAAGCAGUCCUCUGGCAGCUACUUCCAACAAUGGCCAACUGGUUGCAGCAAAUGCCCUCAACGAAGUGCGCGAUGGCUGGGACAACGAGGAGUGGGGCAGCCUAGAAGAGGAUCCUUGCGAGGAAGAAGAGCAAGCCGAGCAGGAGCAGCAGCAGCAACAGAUGGCCAGACAAUCGAUAUCCUCAACCACAUCAUCCAGUCAGCAGCAACAGCGACCAUUGCUGCCGCAUCAGCAUCAACAGCAAUUGCAGCAGCAUGAGCUGAACGAUCUGAUUGAACCACUUGCCAAGCUUAACUCACACAUCACAACAUCGCCAUCGAGACAGCAGCAGGCGACGCUGAGGCCCAAAGAGUUGGCCAAUCUGUCGAGCAGUGCCACAACAUCGCCAACAACGCCGGGUGCAUUGACCAAUUGCAAUAACAUUAGUCCGCCUUCAGCGCAUUUAAACAAUUCAAUGCAUAAUGCCAAUUGGAACAGCGAUUCGUGGGCCGAUGGCGAGUUUGAGCCUUUCGAUGAUCCGGGAUCAGGCAACAGCAAACUGGACGAAGCGCGUCGCAAGCGUGAGGAGAAAAAGUUGCAACGUCAGCGGGAAUUGGAGGCGCGUCGAGCGCAACGCGCCACUGGCCCAUUAAAAUUGGGCGCUAAAAAGCUUUAAACGGAUUUACAGACAAAACAAAAACAACCAGCAAAAGUGCUUGCAAUUUCUACCAUUGUAUAUUUAUUAGCUCUUAUUCCAAAAACUGUAAGCCUAAAGUGUAUGCGUGUCAUCUGUGUAUAUCUGUCUGUCUGUUUUGCGAUUGAGCGUGUGUGCGUGUGUGCCUGUGUGUGUGUGUGUUUUUUGCAUUGAAUGCAGUCUCGAUGUUUAAGCCUCCAUUUCGAUUUUUUGCCCAUAGGCGCAAUAAAACAAAACAAAAAAUUGCAUACUUAAAGCAUAA